ACCCUUUUCCCAACCUGUCUUAAAUGGAAUACGUUAUUAUGCAUUCAGUGUCUGGUCACAUUUCAAUUAACACUCAUGUUUUCCCACAAUAUAGGCUUUUCUGCGUGUUUUGCCCCCUUUUCUUUUUCUUUUUUUUUUUUUUUUUUGGAAUAUCAAGCGGUGCUGUGUUCGACACAUUGUGUUUGGUUCGUUUCGGCUAGCUUGGUUAGCUAGCGUCAUACUGAACACAAAAAUGACAGCUGUUUGCUUUUGAGACUCGAAUAAGACUGUAUUUUACAUUUUGUAGACGUAAAACCAUCUACAUUGACUUUUUUUUGUCAGGGCUGUCAGCAUAGCUGCACUAUGUCUAAGUGGGUGAAUGAUGGGGAGGUGCUCGAAGGUCAAGGCAGCGGCGAGGCUGUACCUGUAAGCCCACGACCUCAGAGCAUGUCAGCAGGGAGCCCCAGACUUGCCAGGGGCCGCAGCCCACUAGGCUCACCCACCACUAGAAAGACAACAACAAGCCCGCGGGCAGAGACCAUGGGGAAGGCCAAGCAACUGUUUGUGUUCUGUGACAAAGAAGGGAAAGGCUUCAUCACCAAACGGGACAUGCAGAGGCUACAGAUGGAAUUGCCUCUGUCGCCCGAACAGCUGGAGACCGUAUUCGAGAGUCUGGACCGCGAGAGCAACGGGUUCCUUACACCUCUUGAGUUCAGCAUGGGACUUGGUGAGCUGAUGGGGCAUAACAACACAACUGAGCAAAGCCAAGAGCUUCAAGACAAAGACAUAGACCCAGUAGACUGGUCAGAGGAUGCAGCCACAAUAAGACUUACCGACAUUCUGAAUGACCUCGGCGCUGAUAAACUUUCUGACAGUCAGGAGGAGCUUUGUUCUUUCUGGUGUGAGCUGCAGAGAGAGCGGCCAGAGCUGCUCAGGCUCCUGGAAGGCAUCUUGCUCCACGCCGUCACACAUCUGCGGGACGCCAUCAGAGAGAGAGACACCCUGGAACAAGCUUUGCGCAGACGGGAGAGUGAACACGAUCAAGUUGUUCAGUCUAUGUACGAAGAAAUGGAAACCCAAGUCCAAGAGGAACGAGAGAAACGCCUGGCAAAGGAGAGCAUCAUACAGAAGCAGAGAGGCUUACAGGCUGAGGAAGAGUUGAAGAUGCGGGACCAAGAGUUGGAGAUAACAUUGAGCAGACUAAAGGAGCUGGAGAACAGAAUGCAACAGCUGACCUGUGAGCAGGCAAACAUCAAGGAACAGAACCAGGAGCUGCGCAGGCUCAACGUCCAGCUGCAGGAGCAAGCAGAGAGUAGCAGGGAGCAGCUGCAGGCUGCAAUGGUUCAGCUGGUCCAGCUACAGCUCAGCGCUGCCCAGGAGCAAGUGGCCAGACAGCAAAAUGUGAUCAAAGUGUCAAGAAACAUGCAGAAAGAGAAGGAUAGUCUCCUGAGACAACUCAGCUUAUUGAGGGAUAUGAAUAAAAGGCUGCGGGAUGAGAAAGAUGCUCAGCUGACCAAGAAUAGGAGUCCAAAUAUGGAAGAAACUUUGCAGAAGAGAGGGUCAGUUGUAGGGUGCUACUUUCAACCAGACAAGCCAGUGAAAAGACGGAUGAGCUCGUACGACGAGCGGGAACAGGACACAGAGAAAAUAGCGAUAAAUUCAAAGGAAUCAUGUAGAGUCAGGGGUGAGAGAGCUGGACAGAGCAAACUUCUGAGUCCACCUCAGCAUGUGUUCAAGCUGGUCUUCCUCGGCAGCUCAGGUGUGGGGAAAAGCGCCUUCAUCCAACACUACUGCACAGGACAUUUCUGCAGUUCCAGGAGCACUACUGCUGGUGUUGAUUUCCAGAUGAAGACCAUUGCUCUGGGCUCUACCUCCAUCACCCUGCAACUGUGGGACACUGCCGGUCAGGAAAGGUUUCGCUGUAUCACCAAACAGUACUACCACAAAGCCAACGCCAUCCUGGUGGUGUAUGACAUCACUUGUUCCACUUCAUUCACCGCUGUGAGAGAGUGGAUCGACUCUGUGGAGGAGAAAAUGUGUGAUGGUGCGAUCCUCAUGCUGCUCGGAAACAAGUUGGACCUGGCUGACAGUCACCGCAGGAAAGUUGCAAAGAGAGAUGGGCAGAAGUUGGCAGAGCAGCACCGGGCCUUGUUUUAUGAAUGCAGCGCCAAAACUGGAGCAAACAUGGAAGAGCUAAUGACUCAUCUGGCUGAGAAGUUAAUUGCCCAGCUGGAUCGACAACGUGAAGAAACACUUUUCCUGACAGAGUUCCCUUCAGGCUCCGUACUCACUUGUGCGUGAGAGAGGACAGUGGGGGGCAGCAGCCAUACACUUUUUAAAGUGUUUGGUUGAGGGAGCAGCUCCAAUUGGUGAUACAGUAAGACACUCGCACAAGUGCGACAGACAACCUCCACAGACUGAAGCAAAUCUGCAGCAGACUG